UUCAUGAAGCGCGCUUCAGAUAAACUGCGCCACAAUGUGGCCGAGGUGUCGCGGCAGCGUGGCGCUGCGUGAUCGUGGGGCGCCGAUGUGGGGCCGGAGAACAGCAGGGCUCUUUGACGUCCUGCUGCUGACGGUGCUGUGCUGUGCUCAGAGCGCCAACGAGCCGGGAAACAUGUCCUUUGUCAAAGAGACUGUGGACAAACUGCUGAAAGGAUACGACAUUCGUCUGCGGCCAGAUUUUGGAGGUCCACCGGUUGCUGUUGGAAUGAGUUUGGACGUGGCCAGUAUAGACAUGGUUUCAGAAGUCAACAUGGAUUACACCUUGACGAUGUACUUCCAGCAGUACUGGCGCGAUAAGAGACUCGCAUAUGCAGGGAUCCCACUCAACCUGACACUGGACAACAGAGUGGCAGAUCAGCUUUGGGUCCCAGACACCUACUUUCUUAAUGACAAGAAGUCAUUCGUUCAUGGUGUCACUGUGAAGAACCGCAUGAUUCGACUCCACCCAGAUGGCACAGUUCUCUAUGGCCUCAGAAUCACGACAACAGCAGCCUGCAUGAUGGAUCUGAGAAGAUACCCACUAGAUGAACAGAACUGCACUCUGGAAAUUGAGAGUUAUGGAUACACAACAGACGAUAUCGAGUUCUACUUGAAAGGAGGAGAGAGAGCUGUAACCGGAGUGACCCGCAUCGAGCUCCCUCAGUUCUCCAUAGUUGACUAUAAGCUGGUGUCCAGGAACGUUGUCUUCUCCACAGGUGCCUACCCUCGAUUGUCUCUGAGCUUCAAGCUGAAGAGAAACAUUGGAUACUUCAUCCUACAAACCUACAUGCCCUCCAUCCUCAUCACCAUCCUGUCAUGGGUGUCCUUUUGGAUCAAUUAUGAUGCCUCUGCUGCCAGAGUUGCAUUAGGUAUCACCACUGUCCUGACCAUGACCACCAUCAAUACCCAUUUGAGAGAGACUCUUCCCAAGAUCCCCUACGUCAAAGCUAUAGACAUGUACCUGAUGGGUUGCUUCGUCUUUGUCUUCUUGGCUCUGUUGGAGUAUGCUUUUGUCAACUACAUAUUCUUUGGCAGAGGCCCUCAGAUGCAGAAGAAACUUUCAGAGAGGAUGCAGAGAGCAAAUAAUGACCGGAAUAAAUUUGACAGGCCCAAGGUCGACUUCCAGGGGAACAUUCUGCUGACAACCUUGGAGAUACACAAUGAGGUGGGGGGGAAUGAAGUCACAACCACAGUCAGCGAGACUCAUAACUCCGCCUCCGUGGUGUUUGACAACUCUGGGGUACAGUACAGAAAGCAAAGUAGACUACGUGAGUCCGGCCGCCUCAGGUUGGACAGGAAUGCAUAUCUAAAGAAAGCCUGCCUGCGGAGACGAUCUUCACAACUCAAAAUCAAAAUCCCAGCCCUCACCGACGUGAACACCAUCGAUAGAUGGUCACGGAUAAUAUUUCCCAGCACCUUCUCCCUCUUCAACUUAAUCUACUGGCUUUACUACGUGAAUUAAUGUGAAGAAUGCUGUAUGCUUGAAUUCUUACAAACUUUUUUAUUUCAGUGAGUGAAGAAUUCUCACUCAGCAGUAUGGAUUUGUGUGCGCACGAGCCGUUUUACCAACUUGUAUUUUAUAGACUGUCGUGAUCUGUGAGCCACUCUGACCCCUUUGAAAAUGUGGGAUGUUUUAUAGUUCAAAGUGCAUCCUGUCACUGUGACAAUGAGGCCAUCAUUACAUUAUGAAAC